AUUCUGCUCAGUCCAGUCUGGUAGGCGCAAAAACACCUGAUUCCAUUGUCUUCGCGAACUGCCUGCUCUUCAAACCAUCCAAUCCUAACUUACAUCACAUUUGGACAAAUCCCAAUCUCAGACACGAUUGCAAUGGCAGAUCAGAAGCCAAACCCGCCGCACUCGCGGUCAGGAGAUGAGGAUGUAAAAGCACCUAAUAUAUUUGAAAGAGCAAAGGAAGAGAUUGAAGCAGUGAUUCAUUCCGGAAAAAUACCUCAUUUUCAUAAGGAAACUCAUGGAAAGCGUAAUGAUAUUGAUGAAAAUACCCCAUUGGAGGAUGUGAAAGCGCCUAAUGUGUUCGAACGAGCAAAGGAGGAGAUUGAGGCCCUUGUUGAGACAAUCCAUCUCAAGAAAGAGUCUCACACUCAUGAUGAUGAAAGGGACCAUUCUACCAAGGCAGAAUCGAACCAUGAGAAACCAGAAAAUGGUGCCAAGGCCCCCAAUUUGAUUGAAAGAGCUAAGGAAGAGAUUGAAGCAGUGAUUCAUACCGGAAAAGUACAUUUCCAUAAGGAAACUCAUGGAAAGCGUAAUGAUAUUGAUGAAAACACCCCAUUGGAUGAUGUGAAGGCACCUAAUGUGUUUGAACGAGCAAAGGAGGAGAUUGAGGCUCUUGUUGAAACAAUCCAUCACAAGAAAGAGUCUCACACUCAUGAUGAUAAGAGGGACCAUUCUCCCAAGGCAGAAUCGAAACACAAGAAACCAGGAAAUGGUAUCGAGGCCCCCAAUUGGACUGAAAGAGCUAAGGAAGAGAUUGAAGCAAUCUUGCACCAUGAGAAGUCACCACAUCAGCAUCACAAAGAAACUCAUGGGAGGAAUGAUGACAUUGAUGAGACCACUCCACUGAAUGAAGUUAAAGCGCCUAAUGUUUUUGAGCGACCAAAAGAAGAAAUUGAAGCGAUUGUUGGAGCAAUCCAUCCGACGACAGAAUCAAAAGGUUUUGUUUCCUCACCGAAGGAAGAUGGGGGAUUUAGGCACUGCAUGGGAAUGGGGUUGGAAAAACUAUGCCAUCCUUGGGGUAGCAAGAGAGAUUAAUACCAAACUUUUUGUAUAGUUCUGAUGGUUCUUGCCUAUUUGUGAAAAUUGCCAUUCGUCAAUGAUUGUUUCAAGAAUUUGGUAAAUCCAUUGUUUUUUCCAUUUCAUUUCUGUAUCUCUGUUGACGCUGCAUAUAAUUUCGGUGCGUUCAUUAUUGGAAGUAUUUUACAUAGAGUUA